UCUUGGCGAGAGAAUUGUAUAAAUCAACACUAUAAGACGGCGGAAUGAUGGCCACGAGGGAUUGAAAAUUAAAUUUACUGCGAGUAUAAUCACUCAAGAAGAAUAGACCUCCUGCUGUGCUAGCUAGCGUACAGUCAAAAAGGCGAUGUAUCUUACCGGAUGAAAAAAGGUUAUGAACAAAAUACUUCGUCAUGGUUGAUAGCUGCUGAAGUAAAUUAAGGUCGUCGUUGGUGAAGCUGAUAGUUAAGAAGGCUGGACUUGAGAGUAGAUAUUGGAUCUUCGGUGCAAUUGUCCAUAUUGGUUGACCUGCCGAAACUUGUUUCCUUAGAAACAGCAACGACGGCUCGCCUUCUGUUACAGAAAUAAACACAUCUGGACGGCGAAUCCCUUCACAGCCCAAAAGAUUCUAGUAGCUUACCUAUCAUGACGUCAGUAAAAGUUGCAGAUGAUGGCGGAGACACUGUAAACGUUGUUAAAGUUGAUGAUCUGUUAUUACCUCCCUUUCCUAUCGAAGCCCUGGUCAAACUGCCGGAAUUUAAACUCAGAUCCGACGACGUCUUGGUCUGUGCCUACCCCAAAUCAGGCACACACUGGGUAUGGGAGAUAACUCGUCAACUGCAAGCUGGUACAAUAGAUUUAGAAGUAGUGGAAAAAGAUGACGGGAUGAUCGAGUUGAGUCUCGCUAGUCAUUUUCACGAUCAACCAGACCCUCGAACUCUAAACACUCAUUUACCAUUUGAUAAAUUACCAUUUGAUAUUUACGAUAAGAAAUGUAAAAUUAUUUAUUUAUUGCGGAAUCCUAAAGAUGUCAGUGUGUCUUAUUUCAAUCAUCACAAAAAGUUAGAAGAAUUUUAUGAAUAUCAUGGUCAGUGGAAGAACUAUCUCCCCAUGGUCUUUGACGGACGUCUUGAUUAUGGUUCUUGGUUUGAUUAUGUUCUUGGUUGGGAAAAGGCGAUGAUGAGUCACACUGAUCUACCCAUAUUGGCUCUUUCAUAUGAAGAUUUACAAGAGGAUCCCAUUAAAGGGAUAACACAGAUUGCAAAGUUUCUGGGUAAAAAUUAUGAUGACGAUUUUAUAAAAACAGUAUGUGAGAAAUGCUGUUUUAAACAAAUGAAGAAAGACAAAGGAAAGUUAGAAGUUUUUAAUGGAGAACCAAUCAUGUAUCGUAAAGGUGAAGUAGGAGACUGGAAGAACUGGUUUACUGUGGCUCAAAAUGACUGGUUUGAUCAUGUCUAUAAGACAAAAAUGCAUGAUUCAAAUUUGAAAAUUCGUUUUACGUUAGAUAGUUAACAGAAUGGAAUGACCCGGAUGGAAUAUUUAUCUUUUAAUCCACGACAAAGCCUUGACAACCAGUUUACGUUAGCAACCAUACAAAUUCAACCAAUCAAAUACUAUCGCCUCAACGUUGACGGUUAAACCUAUUGUAAUGGUUCGUGGAAGUUAAGGGGUUUCGUCGCUGAUCGUUUCAUUUUAAUUUGGUUUCCUUUCAGUUUCUCACUGAACCAUACUGUAAGGACUGUCUUUUAGGCAUUGAUGGGCGUUACCGCCCUGAUAUGUUUGAAAUUAUGAUGUUGGCUGAUAUAUUGAGUAACUCACCCGCCCGGUUGAUAUUUACAAGCGGUUGUUAAAGGGGGUAAGUCGCUAACUCAAUAUCAUUCACAGUCUUCGACAUUGCGAACACAUUUUAUUGGUCAAUUUAAAUCAACAUUGAUGUUGUUAUCUUACCGUGAAAAGGUGGGUUUCUGAUUUCCAAUAUUUAAGACAAAAUGAAAAUUUAAAAAUUGGCGCACGAAUCGCGUGCUGGAAUGCUUUCGAGGGCCAUUUGUAAUGAAGCGACUCGAUGAACGGGGCUAAGCAUACCCCACAGGAGACACUACCGGUUUAGACUGGAAUAACCAGACGCCACAGACUGCGAUUCAAUUUGAACUCGUCGCGUAUUUCGCCGAACAUUACAGUAAAAACAGAAAAGAUUGAAUGUAAACCAGUUUAUAUACAUAUAUGCGUUGCGACCUAAUUGUGCCCAUUUCUAGGUGCCAAAGAAUAGUGAUUUAGUUCCUUUAAGGGCAAUCCUCAAACUGAAUUGGAAAUACCUACGGCAGGUGUUACUUGCUCCGAUGACCUUUUAUGCCAUUAUUAGUAAUUAGAGGCCCUAUAGUUUAUAGUUUAUAACAUUUCAGCCCCAAAGAAAGACCCGCAAUAGGCAGAUUUAGCUCUUGCCUAAUGAUAUCAUAAUGUAUAUUUAAUUUAAAAAUUAGUUAAGAACAUUUAAUUAGUUUUACAUUGUUAUUGUCUUUUCUUACUGUUACCUGUUUUGUUUCAAUUAAUAAUGACGUGUACAAAAAAUUCAUUUUAAAAAUUAAACAUUUAGCCUAUU